AUGGCGGAGGAGGUCCGCGCGGUGGGGGGCCUGCUGGUCGUGGGCACGUCCCUACAGGAGAGCGGCCGCAUAGAGCAGCAGCUGCGGGGCCGCGCGGGGCGCCAGGGCGACCCGGGGACGACCCGCAUGAUGUUCGACGUCACUGACCCGGCCCUGCGGCAGCUCGGCGACAGCGGCCUCAACCGGCUCUGGACUGUACUUCCCGCAUCUGCCGGACUGACCUACAUGGACAUGCCGCUGCUCCAGACCACAAUCCAGUCCAUCCAGAAGAACCAGGAGCGGUUUUGGCAGAUGCUGCGGCGGGAAAUGCAGCAGUUUGACGAGGUUUUGGAGGGGUACCGCCGAAACCUGUACGGGCUUCGGCGCCUGAUGCUGUCGGGCAGCCCCCAGCAGCGGCAGAGGGCGGUGCACCUGUACAUACAGCAAUGGGUGGAUGACCAGGUGUCGCGCUUCAUCGACCCCAGCAAAAGUCCCUCCGACUGGCUGCAAGAGACGCUCACGCCGGACGACGUCGCGGCCGCGGGCGGCGGGCCGCUGCUCGGGCCGCCCGGCCCUGCCGGCGGCGGCCUCGGCGGCGGCGGCAGCGGCCAGCAGCAGCAGCAGCAGGCGCGCGUCAGCCCACUGACGGCGCUGAUGUCAGCGGUCAACCGGUUGGUCAACCCGCCGGAGAUCGUUGGCAAGAUGCAGGUGGAAUUCAGGGAGGUGGUCAACGGCGUCAGCUAUGACGUCACCGCAUCAACCCUCAGCCAGCUGCUGCAGGGGGGCGACGGCGCAGGCCUCACCGAUCCCGCAGGCGGCCCCCUGACCGGCAGCAACCCUUUGCAGCAGCAGUUUCAGCAGCAGCAGAUGGCGUUAUCUGUGCCAGAGGUGGCCGUGCUGACUCAGCGGCAGUUGCAGGAGCUGGCCGCGCACCUCCUCAGCAGCGCGCCCCUGCCCUGGCCCAGGGCAGAGUUCCAGGUAUCCCUGCGCACCCACUUAGCCCUGGCCGCCCACGCGCGGCUGUUUGGAACACCGGCGGCGGGCGGCGCGGCGGGGGGGGCGGCGCGUCGGAGAGGGCAGGCGGCGGGUGGCAGCAGCAACAGCAGAGGCGGCAGCUGGCAGGCGCAGGACGAUUCGGCAAAGGUGGAGGCGGCGGUGGGGGCGCAGCGGCCGAAGCUGGAGGGGCGCCACGCUGACAAGGUGGCUGUCCUGCGGGACUACCUGGGCACCGCGCUGGUGCAGGCGUUUGAGCUGCGGCGUGUUGCCCUGAAAAAGAUGAUCGUCGCCGGCAGCGCCAGCGCAGGAUCCUCCUCUGGCGGCCUGCUGGACCUGGACGCUGACCUAUACCUGGCGGCAUACGACCAGGCGGUCCUGCUGGAGUGGAUCGACGUGCUGUGGUCCUGCUUCCUCGAGGAUAUGGACAAGGUGAAGAAGGCGGUGGGCCUCAAGGCCUACAGCAACGCGCAGCCCCUGGACGAGUUCAGGACGGAGGGCAACAGGCUGUUCCUCAACCUGCUGGGCGCGUACAGGGAUGUGGUGGUGCAGCGGCUCAUGACGCCCGACCUCAAUUUCGGCCUCCUCGCGGACCAGCCGCUGCUGACGUCAGAUGACGUCACCAGGGGCCCCUCCCUGCCGGCCGCCUCGUCGGCAGCCGACGGGGCAGCGGGCGGUGUGUUGGCCGGGGGCCUGGAUGGCGGCCACGACGCCGGCUCGUCGGCGGAGGUGGUAAGCACAUCCAAUGGGGCAGCAGCAGCGGCAGUGGGCUCGGAGAGGGAUGAGAUCUCAUAUGACGAUCUGGCCGACCUGUGGGAAGCUGCCGCGCAGGCGCCGGCCGCAGGGCCAGGCUAUGGUGGCGACGGCAGCGGCGGCGGCGGCGGCGGCGGCCCUGGCGGCGGGGAGGCUGAGCGGGCAGCAUCAGGCGGAAGCGGCGGCGGCGGCGUCGGCGGGACUGGCGGCAUUUAG